AUCGUCGCAAAAUUGUCAGCGACGCCGCCGUCAAAAAAAACGACGGCCUAGAAAUUUAAUCAGCUGUUAAUAUGGCGGCAACGUGCAUAACUUGCGAGCAAAUAACGAGGAAAUAUAAAUGCAGCAAAUGUGAGGCGCCCUACUGCUCACUAGCUUGCUACAAAAGCCACAAGGGCACAGAGGAAUGUGCUCAGCUCCUGGCCGCUCAUGACGAUGCAACAAAAUUCCAAAAACUAACAAAAACAUCAGUUGAUGAGGAAGAACCCACGCUACAUGCUCCAUUCCCUACAGAGGACACCGUUUCGCCUGCGAUGCUACAGCAGCUAGCCUCAUCAGAGCCACUUCGCCAGCUUCUGUACAAUCCCCAUCUACGCAAUUUGCUGCAACAAAUCGAUGUGGCCCUCAACGCACAAAAUGCCAUGGCGGCCGCCAUGCAGGAGCCGUUAUUUGUCGAAUUCGCCAAUGCUUGCUUGCAAGUGGUCGAGCCCAUGAGCGAGGCGGAACUUGCUGAGCUAGAACGGUGCAGUUGAGAUCCGGAAUAUAUUCCCAAUGAUGACAUACUUAGAUAUAUUUAUAUACACGUAAUCUAGGACCAGUCUAUAAUAUAGUCAAACAAAUCGGACGGCAAGCUUACAUUGCUCAACUUGAACGCAAGUGCAUGAUAGCGUCGACGAAGCAAAAUUGCAGCUUCCUUGGGCUGACGAUUGCGCGUAAAGACUCCUUUCUUGUUGCCGCCAACACGAUGAUAUUCUGCAAGACCCAAUUAAAAUAGACAAUGAGAUCCAUCAAAUA